AUGAUGUCGACGAAUAUCAAACCGGAAGGCAACAUUAUCUCGAAUGAAUGUUUAGAAGGCACAGGAAAUCUAUGGAGUUAUCUGAACGAGAACCUUCCCGCCACUCCUCCAGCGGACGACUACGUCAACGAGGAUGCAACAUCGUUACUCCACUUAGCACCCAUCAAACUGAAUGCAGAACCGAUGGUUGCCGUGAUUGGUGUUGGAUACGUAGGCUUGCAAUUGAUAGCAGUCUUCUCUUCUGAGUUCCAGGUACUGGGUUUCGACAUAUCAAAGGAGCGGAUCGGCUUUGUUCAGGGGGAGUUUGGACACAACAGAAAUGUAAGAUGUACCAACGACGCGAGUGAGCUCAAGGACGCCACCCACUUCCUGAUCGCUGUUCCGACUCUGCUUCUCCCCGACAAGCGAAUUGAUUCCUCGGCCCUUCGAGACGCGAUCAAAACCGUUGCCAUGUAUGCCCGUCCAGGUGCCACGGUGGUUGUGGAGAGUUCGGUCGCGGUGGGGAUGACCCGGCAGCUGCUUGGACCUGUCGCAGCAUCCAGGGGCCUUUUCGCAGGCAUGUCUCCUGAGCGAGUUGAUCCAGGCCGAACAGAACCACCCAUUCAGUCCAUUCCCAAGGUUGUGUCAGGUCUCGAUGAUAUCGUCCCGGGGUCUCUCGAGAGCAUUACUCGACUCUACUCGGCAGUCUUCGACACUGUUAUCCCGGUCUCCAAGCCCGAAAUCGCAGAAAUGACGAAGCUAUACGAAAACUGUCAGCGGAUGAUAUGCAUUGCGUAUGCAAAUGAAAUGGCAGAUGCAUGCAUUGCGCAUGGAAUUGACUCUUUCGAAGUGUGCGCAGCCGCCGCAACAAAGCCAUUUGGAUAUCUGCCUUUCACACCAGGAUUGGGUGUUGGUGGGCACUGCAUUCCCAUAAACCCGUACUAUCUCCUGUCAAACAACAGCUUCCCUUUGCUCCAAGCGGCGACGGAGAGGAUGCGGGAACGGCCAUCGAUCAUUGCGCAACGGGUCCUCGACUCCAUCUCCGUCUCCAAGGAAGGACAUUACAAGACGAUCAACCAGCGGCCACGAGUGCUGGUCGUCGGCGUCGGGUUCAAGGCAGGGCAGGCAACGUUGAGCAACUCCCCGGGGCUGGAGUUGAUCAAGAGCCUCUCGCAAUCAGGAAGGGUGGAUGUGUCAUUUGCAGACCGGCUCGUGGAACAGAGCAUGUUGCCACAAAUUGCACGUCUCGCCGACGGUGAUUGGAAUAGGGCAUGCUUGGAACAGUAUGAUACGAUUGUAGUCGCAAUGCGGCAGGACGGAAUGGACAUUGAGCUGUUGAGGGAAGUUCGUGGUGUGCGGAUUGAGAUGUGGUGUACGUAUCCGAUCGAACGUUAA